AUGCCGCCGAGCUACUUCCAAAAAUCAACCUCUCUACCCAUGAACACCAUCAUCCGCUUCGUGCCGCAGCAGACAGCCUGGAUCGUCGAGCGCAUGGGCAAGUUCAACCGGAUCUUGCAGCCGGGGCUGGCGGUUUUGAUUCCCUUCCUCGACCGCAUUGCCUACGUCAAGUCGCUCAAGGAAGUCGCCAUCGAGAUUCCCUCACAAAGCGCUAUCACUGCCGACAACGUGACGCUCGAGCUCGAUGGCGUCCUCUACACCCGCGUCUUUGACGCAUACAAGGCCAGCUACGGCGUCGAAGACGCCGAGUACGCCAUUUCCCAGUUGGCACAAACAACCAUGCGAUCCGAGAUCGGCCAGCUGACACUCGACCAUGUCCUCAAAGAACGCGCAGCGCUCAACACCAACAUCACAGCCGCUAUCAACGAAGCAGCACAGGCCUGGGGCGUCACCUGCCUUCGAUACGAGAUCCGUGACAUUCACGCGCCCAAGCCCGUGGUCGAGGCGAUGCACCGACAGGUGACCGCGGAACGGUCCAAGCGGGCUGAGAUUCUCGAGUCCGAGGGCCAGCGGCAGAGCGCCAUCAACAUUGCCGAGGGCCGCAAGCAGAGCGCCAUCCUGGCGUCCGAGGCGCUGCGCGCCGAAAAGAUUAAUAAGGCCGCCGGUGACGCCGAGGCAAUCCUGCUCCGCGCCAAGGCCACCGCCGCGGGCAUCGAGGCCGUCGCGCGGGCCAUUGCCGAGGGCCGCGACGCCGCCCAGGGCGCCGUGAGCCUGUCCGUGGCCGAGAAGUAUGUGGACGCCUUCGCCAAGCUGGCCAAGGAAGGCACUGCCGUCGUGGUGCCCGGGAAUGUGGGCGAUAUCGGCGGCAUGAUUGCUACGGCGCUCAGUGUUUAUGGCAAGGUCGGUGACGCGCAGGCCAAGACAAUGGCGAAGCAGAUUCUGGAGAAGCAACAGGUCAUCGAGGCGCCUGUGGAGGAUGCCAAGGAGAACUCGAGUCAAGCAUAG